UCUAAGGGGGAGGUCCAUUUAGUGGGUUUUGUGGACAGAGUCUAGUGCGUUUUUCUUUUUUCUCUUCUACAACUAAGACUAUAAUAAUUUGUUAUGAUCACUGCCAGAGAGGUGCAGAUCCAGUUAGUCAAGCUCGGUCUCGCUCUGCAGUCUGUGAUUGUAAAUGGGCAGUGAGUAAGCUGAAGCCGGAAGAUGCAAGCAGACUGACACUGAGCAGACGACUCGUCCUCCUAGUGAGACUUCACAUCCCUUCUAUUCACACAGCGCAGAAAUGAAGAUGAGCUCUGAGAAGCUGUCCCUUCCUAACCACACCCAGGAGGAGCAAGAUAUUUUCCAGAAAGCAUUCACCAAAGAUUUUGAGAAUUUAAAGACCAAUCCAGUCAUUAACCCAUCAUUCUGUUGUCUCUAUGUAACCACCUGCAACAUGUCAUCAUUAUCCUUAUACACUGACAAGGAAGCGCAGAAUAUAAUUCAGCUCAGUGACCCUCCUGGCAAGCAGCUGGCUCUCCUGAAGUCUGUAGAUGAUAAAGGCCCGCAAGCGGUUGCAAUAUUUUACCUAUUGCUACACAUGAAUGACGAGAGAGCCUACGGAGAGCUCCCCAGCUGCAAGGAGAAUGAUGACAAGAAGUUACUUUUAUCGAAAAUGAGAGACAAAUUAUCUCAUGUAUUACAAAAUAAAGUUACAGAAAUGUUGCAUACGACCAAACCAUUACUUUCCCAUGGAUUUGCUAAGCCAGCUGCCCAGGUAGCACCCAUGCGGCCACUUAAACAGAAAAAAGAAGAAAAGAAUGCCUCACUUAAUACAAAUGAGAAGACAGAUCUGGAAGAGAAAGACAUCAAUGAAGAUACUUCUGAGAAAGGUAAAUUUGACAAAAAUCAAGGAAAAUCCCAAAGAAGAUCAUGGGGAAUAAAAAAAGAUGAUGAGUUUUUUCACUUCAUAAUUGUGUGUUUUGCGCUGGGAGCCGUCCUGGUAUGUGAAUACUACUAUAGUGACUGGACAGUUUCAGCCGGCUUUGGUUUAAUUUCAUUUGCAACGCUGGAAACCAUUGGAAUCUAUUUUGGAUUGGUUUACAGAAUCCGGACUGUUGUGGAACAAUUUCUGCCCUUAGUGGGAAGAUUUAUGCUAGGCUCUAAGAAAACUGGAUAACAGAACAUACUUCUUACCUUGUGACCGCGGGGACAAAUAUAGAUAUGAGCAGCCUGUCUACCAAUUAUAGGACUCUGAAUCACUAGAAACAGAUAUAUUACAAGAGUUCUGUGAUGAGAAGAACGCUGAUGGACUCUCCUGAUGAAAUGGAUAAAUCAUCAGACAUGGAAAAUUGUCCGUAGGGUGUGUAAUGCCUAAAUUAGGCUGGGUCCAUAUUACAACCUAAACCAGAAACCUCCUCCACUAUUACCGAAACAUACUUAGACCACCAUAGAACCCUAUGGUGGUGUACUGUACAUGAACUGGGGCAGGGGUCUGGGUGUUGUGUUUGUAAUAUCGACCCUACAGUUUAGUUAUAUUAAAGGGAUUGUCCGUUUUGAAGCGGAAACAGGAUAACUCGGGGGUUCAACCUGAAAUAAAGAAUAGAAGAUUACUUACCUGACAGAUCCCACACCGCUACUCUGGUUCUCCCACCAUGAUUCUGUUCAGUGUUGAGUGAAUCGAAGCUGACUAAGUGGAAAUCAAUCCAAAUUUAAGGAUAAAUUUUAUUCACCGCAAAGCUGAAUUUCCAUAAAA